AAUCAUGAAAGACACUUGUCCCUCCUCAGCCACCGUAGAUAUACCGGCUAUUUGUUGAUAGCUAGUUUUCCAUCUCAAUAAAUAGAACCAAAAACAGUCAAAACAGUAGACAGUCUGUGUAAAUAUGUAACAUGUUUCUUGUUCACUAGAACCCGCAAAGGCUAGAUGAAAAAUGGUUGUAAAUCUCUGUUUGCCACAGUUUCAUACAACAGUUCACUGCAACAAGUUAUGUGCAGACGGCUAUGAUGUCACAAACCUUGUAUCAGCUGACCCUGCUCUUAGAAGGCGGGGCUUCAAGCUUGAAUACUUUCUACGCCCCCCGUUACAGGUGAUUUUGAAGUUUGGCUUCCAGGUGGAGCUGAGCAGGGUGGAUGUAGAGCUGUGGCCCUGGGGGAUGGACCGGGGACAGGCCUGCAAAAAACUUGAGAUUAGCACCAGUUCUGACCGGCAGCUUCCCACCGACCACAAACAGGUGGAGAAAAAAGAGGAGAAGAAGACGGAGGUGAAAGAGCAGCACAGACAGAAUCGUCAAAGGGGUGGGACCAAGUCAAAGCACAGUAUUGGUAAUCAGUGGAGUUUCCAGGCCCAUCAGUGGGGGGAAGAAGCUCCAGGUGGGUCUCAACAAAACAUAUGUGUGUCCGGCACAAACUCCUAUGAGUCUGAUGUGGAGUUUAAGUUGGUCGCUCGUUGUGAACUGAGAGAAGAAACCCACGUCUGUUUCUUCCACUCAAACUUUCGCCCUCGAGCGCCAUUUCUUUCCCCUCCUCCUCCGCCGCCUGAGAGCAGUCGGCAGGUGGAGCUGUGGAGUCGGGGUUUUUCUUCGUUGGGAGCUGUGACACAGCUUCGAGUGACCGUGCCUUUUGGUGGUGGAGCCUCGUCCUUGGGGCUGAGGGCUUUGGCCGUGUGGGGUCAGCCUGCGAGCUGCUGCCCCGCAGAGGAAGUGGAGAGGAUUCAAAAGAUCCAUGAAUCUGCAGAGAGAGGGCGGCUGUCAAAACCGGAAUUCUUUGGGCCUUCUGUUAGAAAAACCACACUGCCACAGGAAUCCACUCCAAGUGCCGUCGUCCCUGAAGAAUUCCUCGAUCCAAUAACUCAGGAAGCGAUGCUGCUGCCCAUGCUGCUCCCCAGUGGCGUGUCAGUGGACAGCACCACACUGGAAGAGUACCGGAAGAGGGAAGCUGGUUGGGGUCGACCUCCAAGCGACCCUUUUACGGGGGUCCCAUUCACGUCAACCUCACAACCUCUUCCUAACCCCCAGCUGAAAAGCCGCAUUGACCACUUCCUCCUCCAGAAAGGCAUGAUGAAGAGGGACGGCAUGUUAGGACGGCAAAACCAAGAGGACAAUCCGCAUGCCUCAAGACUUGUGACUUCAAACGAGUGUGGACAAAGUUCUCCUAGUGUUAUAGUGAAUACUGACUCUUCUGAAUCCAGCCCUAACAGAGACACAAACUUAACGUCAGGGCAAAGAGAGCCUUCGUCAAACCCUCAAAGUCACUUUAAAUCGGGUUCAAAACGGAAAACUGAACUAGAACUAAAUGAAAUCUCCAAAGAAGUGUCAACAGAUGAGUGGGAACUCCAACCUCAAACAAAACGCCCAAGAAGGGACUCAGCAUCUGACGCCAGCAGCGGCUCUCAUGAGCAGCGUUUGGCCGCUAGUUUGGAUGAGGCGCUCUCCUCUGCCCUCAAAGGCCGACCAUCUUUUACCGCAAAUUUAACCCACCAAGGACAGGGGACUUCUGAGCCGGACAUGCAGACACGCACACUAAGCUCUCCCAGCACUACAGCAGGUGGAAAGGUGUGCUCUUCUUGUUCCUGCUCUGUGUCUGUUUACUCGACGUCGGCGUCUUGCAUCUACCGACUGAUCUGCAGCCACUUGCUCUGCAGGACCUGCCUCCAGAAGCAGCCAAAACCAGCAAGUUCAACAUCCGCCCUUAUUCUGUGUCCAACAUGCCGAAGCUGCACUCCACGCGGUCACAUCGUACGCGUUCAUCAUUGAUGAACAGCUGAAGAAAGUGCUUUUUUGUCUUGUUAAAACUCUUUCAUCUACAUGGGAAAUAAACAACAUUUUUUUGCAUAAAACUUAGAUUUGUUUUGCAUUAAAUGAUACAACAUUUUUAUGGAAUGACAAAAUAAUCCUGUUUGCUUCUGUUGUCCGCGAGCAACAAGAAAAAGGGACAUCUCUGAAAGCACCGACCUUUUCAUGUAGAACAUACUGAAAUACGUGGGUAAAUAUAAAUUCUUCUC